AUGUCGGAGAAAGUAGGAGCCUACGGCAAUCAAGCUAAAGAUGCCAACUUCAGAAGAACAUGGAACAAGGAAGAGUACGCCGCAAAGGCAAGGGAAAAGGAUAAUGAGGAGCGAGAGAGAAUGCAGAAAAAUGAUGAAAUGAUGAAGAAGGGCAAGAAACCGCGACGGCAUCAUGAGGAUUUGCCGAAGCCUACUGAGUUAAUGAAACAACGCGAGGCGCCUUUGGGACUGGACAAGAACCUAAACAAGACAAUCGUCGUACAGAAUCCGGGCGGCCGCGGUCCAGGUCAGCCAGGGUUCUAUUGUGAGGUUUGUAACAGGACAUGUAAGGAUACUGUGGGGUAUUUGGAUCAUCUUAAUGGUAGAAGUCACCUCCGCCGGCUUGGUCAAACGACUCGCGUCGCCCGCUCCACAGUGGAGCAAGUGCGUGCCCGGAUCGCAAUGCUUCGCGAAAAGACAAAGCAGGAAUCAUCGGCUAAAGCCUUCGAUUUUGACAGGCGUCUUGAGGAAAUUCGUCAGAAGGAGAUAGCUGAGCGGGAAGCGAGAAAAGCGGAGAAGAAAGCCGCGAGGGAUGCAAGACUUAUCGAGGUCGUUCAAGAUGAUGAAACAGCAAAUAUGGCUGCCAUGAUGGGAUUCGGAGGCUUUGGCUCGUCAAAGAAGAACUAA